CUCAUAUCUCCGUCAAAAAGGCGCAUGGGCCCAAACCAACUUGGGGUUUUUCACUACUGACUAUUCCCUACAUGAUGAAAAUAGUCUGAGUCGAAAAGCUUUUAAUCACCUCGAGAGGUUCCCUCGUAAGAGCAGAGGGGUGGUCCUGCCCCAAAACAUUUUUGUUCUUCCUAAAAUCGUUUGCUUUGAAGUGCGAAGCCUUACAGACAAUACCGAAUCAGGGAGAUGGUGGCCACUCCCCAGUAACUACGCCCAUGGGUGUUUCAGUGAAGUCAACGUAAAUUAAUAAAAUUCUUUUCUCUGUGCGAAAAAUCAACGUCCAAUUUUGUUCAUUGAUAUUUUUUGUUAGCCUUAUAUAAUAAAGUACAAACUGAAGUUGUCGCGUUCUAUGCGAUGUUUAUGAUGAUUGCAUGAAGAACUUUCUUACUCUACUACUAUAUUAGGUUAAUAAUCCAUAUACAAGACGCAGUGACGCCUAUGUGCUGAGUUUCUCUAAAGUUUAGCAUUAGCGAAAAGUGAAUAAUAAUAAUUCUGUAUGAUUAGUUUCUAUGAUUUUCAUUGUUAUGGCUAAAAAUACUGAUUUGGAAAUAAUACAAUACUAAAAAUUGGCUAAUGACCUUUUCACAUACCUCUAAUAAAUUGAAUUAAACAGGGAUAAACCUUAAUAAACUCAGCUAGGAAAGAUAUUUUAAUUACUGGUAUUAUUAAUUUAUCCAAUUAAUUAUAUAUUUUUUUCUUUCUGCAACAAGAUCAGCAGAUCAUGAAUUUUGAUUCAGAAUGCCAAUAGCUAACUAACGUUAGUCUAAAGAAAGAAUGUAGAUUACGACAAUCUGGAACUACCAAAGCAUAGGUCAAGAUAAACGCAAGCAGCAAAAUCUUGACAAUCUCUUGUUUGUAAACAAUCAAAAAAUUGCAUUGAUUGAGCAGCUUUUCCUGACUUUUACUUCUGAUGUACCGUUCUCAUACCCGAAUGACUAGUCUCAAAAUGUUGCUAGCUUAACCUCCAAGGAAGAACCAAUCGGAUGCAAACUUUUUUCCAUAACUAAAAUAGCAUCAUCUCAGUGCGUCCUCUCUUUCAGUAUUUUUAAGAUUUUUAUUCGUUUAUGAGAAAAACAAUUAAACAGACUAAGACGGAGUAAAAUAGAUCUUCUUCCACUGUUUACAUUAAUAUUUUUUUGAACAAACCGCAGAACUAUGCACAAAAUAAUAUAGACUACUGGAGGAUCAGGUUUUGUAAAACUUAAAUGGAUUCGCUGCAAAAAUCGCUACAAUCAACGUUAGGCUUACAUUUGUUGACUAGAGACAUGAUUUUUUCAUUAUAGAAUACUUUCACGUUAUAGAAACUACGCCAGUAUAAAACAAAACAAGAAUAACUAUAUAUUCUAAACACCAAAGCAGUCUGUUGCUUAGCGAACAGUGCCUGUUAUGGAAGUCUUGACCUUUUUGAAAAGACCAUGCCUGUCAUUUAGUUCAACCCAUCUAUUAUUGCUAUAUUUCAUAGUAUGCCGGUUAAAGCGAAGUCGGAAAAUCUUCCCAGUAAAACGAAUUUGGCCCCUCGGCUAUCACCUGUGCGUUUACAACCUCUUAAUUAUCCAAUCAGCAUAACUUCAAAACCAAAACCAAUAAACAAAGGUGCUUCUAGUUUACCUAUAAACAAAAAUGCUUCUAGUUUACCUAUAAACAAAAAUGCUUCUGGUUUACCUAUAAACAAAUUUACAGCAACAACAAUAAAAAAAGUACCAAUAUCGUUUGUUCAGUCUCGAAGAAAUACAAUUCCUGCCGCUACAGUAGAAAAACUAAAGCCGCGGCCACCAUCAGAAGACUAUAGAAAAAUUUUACAAGGUGAUUUCCAAAAAUUAUCAAAACAAGGUUCAAAACAUUUUCGAAUAUUUAUAAGUUCAACAUUUUCCGAUUUCAAAGUUGAACGUAAUGAACUAUAUCGUCGAGUAUUUCCAAAAAUAAAACAAGUAUGUGGAGAAUUAGGAUACGAAUUUCAAGUGGUGGAUAUGAGAUGGGGAGUGUCAUAUACAGCUGACAAUGAUCAUUCAGGUGAAGCGAUGUGCAUGGAAGAAAUUGAGCGUUGUAUGAAUUUAUCAACGGGUUUAAAUUUUAUUUAUUUUGUUGGAAAUCGCUAUGGAUAUUUGUUUGUUCCAUCUCAGAUCGACGCAGAUGAAUUUGAAAUGAUAUUACAGAGUGGAAAACAAGAAAAUAUUCCAAAUAUGGAACUUAUAGAAAAAUGGUUUAAACUAGACGAAAACUCUCUUCCAUUAAAGUACGUUUUUUUGCCGGUGUCGACCUACUUUAAACAUUAUGAUGAUCGAAGUAUCGAUAUGAAAGAUAUUCAAGAAAAAGAAAAAAUACAAUGGCAAUUAGAAGAAAAACUACUUGUGACAGCACUACGUGAAGCAGUGGAAAAAGCAAGAGCCAAUAAAAAACUUACUCUAGAACAAGCAGUCAAAUAUUUUCAGUCAAGUAGGUUGAAAUCAGCUUCGGUUAACGUGCUUAACCCUUUGAGGACCGAUUUUUUUUUCCAAUCGAAAUCAACAUGUUUAAUCUUUUUAUUUUAUUUUAAUUCAAAAUGGCUACUUGAAAAUACUGUGAUAGUCAAAAAAACAGUUUUUUCCAUCU